GCCAUCCACUCCUUCCCGAGCUCCCUCUAAUACCCUUCGUUCUCGACUGCCGCGUCUCCCAAUCGUCUACAUUCUCCAGCAUCACGGCUUCGGUUCGCAGCAUGGCCAACGCCACCGUCAUCAACGCAAACGCGACAUCCAAGCCGCAGCCUGCGACGGCCGCGCCAAUUGAGCCAUUAAAGAACGACACAGCGCGUCUGUACACACACAUGCAUCCCCUCCUCGUCCUCUCCGUCUACGCGCUCAAGUUCCGCGCCCUUGUCGCAGACCCGGUGCCGACGCUGCUGAGUACCCUGGCGCCGCUCGCUGUGCUGCAGAUAGCCUUUGUGGCCGUGUGUCUCCCGCCGACAGGAGGCACGCCGUCGAUGCGAAAGCAGAAGCCUGGCGAGAAGAAGGGCAAGACGCCGACCAAGCUGGAACAGGGCGUCAACUCGAAGAUUGUCCCGGCCUUCCUGUCUCUCCUCCUUACCGCGCUCGCCGCAACCCCGCUCCUCACGGCAAUCCUCGUCCUCUUCGGCGCACCCGUAUCCACGCACCAUGCGCAUACCCUGCUCUGCGGCGCCCACGUAGCCCUCCUGAGCACCCUUCCCCUGAUAUAUGUACACGGUGUGGACGGCGACACAUGGAGGCACAUCAUCGCGCUGCUCCUCCCGAUGGAUGAGGUCUAUGGAGGGCUGAUUGGCACCGUACUUGGCGCAUGGCUAGGCGCCGUGCCGAUCCCGUUGGACUGGGACCGCGAGUGGCAGAAAUGGCCGGUUACUAUUGUUACUGGAGCUUACAUUGGAUACGCAGUUGGCAAGCUGCUUGGAGGUACCUUGUUGAAGGGUAAGAAGAUCAUGUUUGACUAGGUGGUCGUGGCCGAGGUUGCUCUGCUUCCAUUCUGCUUGAAGCCAUCAUUCAUCGGGUUUUGCUAUGCUGUCAAGCUAGUCGGCGGUGGGGAGUAGAGAGCAGCCGUGUAGAUUGUCGGUAUUAGAAAAGUGGGCUGAGUGCAGCCAUCAG